ACCUGACACUUGACGUUCAUUCAUUAAAAUCUUAUAAAAUUACCAUAACAAGUUGGGAUGGAGUUUGGAACUUUAAAUAAUUAAAAUAAAAUUAUAGUUAUAUGUUGUAAAGUUCACCGAUCAUAGUUUAGUUUUCCUGGCCAAAGUGAUCUAGAUAUCAACCAUGACCAAAGACGAUAAUAAGCUGUUUUUCCAUAAAACAGUAAUGCAUUUAGCUAGGUCUCUGGCUAAUAUACAAAACACCCCAUGGGAGAAGAUACAAACAUUAUAUAGUAUGGGGCCGAUAGAAUCUCAACAUAAUUCAAUAUCAAUAAAUUGUCGACAACAGGAUGCUGUUAUUGCCUUGGGGGUUUAUUUGUUGGAAUCAAAGCUUCAGCAUAGAGAAAAAAUUAUCCCUUAUUUUAUACGUAUCGCGAAAUUAUUAGAGAAAGCUACAUGGCCGGAUGAAAUGAAAUACAAUGCAACAGACAGAAUUCCAAUUGCAGAAAAAUUUAGUUUUUGUUUACAUACACUUCUCAGUGAUAUAGCAGUAAGAUGUGAAGAAUACAGAAAUGAAAUUAUUGAUGUUCAAGUUGAGAGCAUGGUACAUCUAACAAACAAUGUCAUUAAGAUGCAAGAUUCUAAUUAUUGGAACAGCAGUUCAAAAUUGUUUCUAUGCAAAGCAACUUUACCUGUUCUUAUUGGUCUUGCCCGAGCUAUUAGUCGAUAUAGUUUCAGCGACCCACCUUUAAUAUGUAGAAUUUUUCCUAAACCUGAACCACCAAUAACUCAGAAAGAGAAUGUUAAUAAAAACUUGUAUAACAGGAGCUUUAGUAGUUUUAGAAGUAUUAUACCAAGAAGCUUAUCUGGAAAUCUGACAGCAACUGUUGAUAUUUUGGCUAUUACACAGGGAUACGAUGCAUCUGACAUAGCUUACAAGUCAAAUUCUCUUAAAAAGUCACCUGUAAUUAAUCAUAAUUCAAGUACUUACGAUCCUACGACAUAUUUCUUUGCCAAAUUUGGUUCAAGCUUCAACCAAAUUCCUCAGUUGAGGGCUAAUGAGAGUAAUGAUAAAAGAACUUCGAUAAGUUUUCCUCAAAAUCAUUUAUCUACCAUUCUGGCACUUAGUAAAAAACUCCUUACCAAAGAAAUGCUGACUCUUAUCGACGAACAAUCUUUAGAAAUAUAUUCUACAGGGAAAAUCCAGAUUUUUCCAUAUAAAACCUUUUCAGAAACGAUUAAUUUGGUAAUGGUAACUUUGAUGAGGGAAUUGUUACAGCCACAGUAUAAUUUACCAGCUCCCUUUACUAAAGAAGUUCAGGAAUUUGUGAAAGGAUUGUAUUUAAAUGGUCAGACAGAACUGCAGAGUAGACAUCACGAUGCAAGUGAGAAGGAGGAUAGAGAAAGCAAUUUUGCCUUGGUUAAUAAAUUUAGGGUUAAUGUUAUGGCUAACGCAGCUUGUGUGGAUUUGUUAGUGUGGGCUAUUGGAGAUGAGACUGUGGACUUGGAAUAUAAUUUUUCUACUUUGGUUCAAUUUCUAACAACCGUUCUAGGUGCCGAUAGCUUAUGCGGAAGAUUGUCCGAAAAAAUCAGCUCCAGCCAUGGUUAUAAACUGGUUUUGGCUCACAUGCCUCUUUUGAUGGUCUGUUUGGAAGGUCUAGGAAAGCUAGCUCAAAAAUUCCCAAACAUUUCAUCUACGUCCAUUUAUUGUUUGAGGGAUUUCUUGAUAGCCCCCUCACCGAUUUUGUCGAAACUACACAAACAAGCGAACGAGAAAAGCAGCAAAGAAAAUUUGAAAAUUACAGCUGCAGGGAAUCAACUCAAGGCGGAAACACUCAAAACGUCCUCUCCUGUUCAAGUUGCUUUUGAAAAAUUAAGAGAUUCCGCCAUAGAGAAUCUUUGCUAUGCUUUGGAAGCUGCCCACGCUUUGGAUCCUGAUUGCGUCAGAGCUCUAGUGGCCUCAGUAUCAAACAGAUUGUUUACAGCUGAAAAAAGCGACAGCGAGUCAACUUUGAUUUCCACCAACAUAGUGAUCAUGUUGGGUCACGUGGCUGUCUCAAUGAAAGGAACCCCUAAAACGACAGACACGAUUUUACAGUUUUUCCAGCAGAGGUUCUGCAGGGUACCUUCGGCUUUAGAUACCCUCAUAGUUGAUCAGUUGGGUUGCAUGAUAAUCGCCCAGUGCGAACCUCACGUGUACGAGGUCGUUAUGAAGAUGUUCACUAUGAUCACUGUGGAGAGCAGUAGCGCCACCUAUGGACAUUCGAAUGAAAAAGCACAAUACAGACAUGUCUCAAGGUCCGUUAUUAACGCCCUAGCUAACAUAGCCGACAAUAUACAGGGCGAACAACAAAUGAACGAACUUCUAGGCAGACUUUUGGAACUUUUCGUCCAGCUAGGACUGGAAGGGAAGAGGGCCAGCGAUAAAUCGCCAGGAGCAUUGAAGGCAUCCAGUUCUGCAGGAAACUUGGGAGUUCUUAUCCCAGUUAUAGCCGUACUGUUACGACGUUUACCACCCAUUAAAAACCCUAAACCGAGGAUCCAUAAACUUUUCAGGGAUUUCUGGUUGUACUGCGUUAUUAUGGGUUUCACAGCUUCAGGUUCUGGUCUCUGGCCUCAAGAAUGGUACGAAGGUGUAAAAGAAAUAGCGGCAAAAUCACCGACUUUAGUUUCACCAACGUCAAGUAGAUCUGAGAUGAGGGAACUUCAAUACACCUCAGCUGUCAGAAACGACAGUGUUUCUAUCACUGAACUGCAAGAACUUAAAAACCAAAUCCUCGAGUUGCUCAGGCAUCCGCCGGAAGUGACGGCCAUAGUCAAUAAUAAGUUGACUUUCGCUCAGUGCACGUUUUUGUUGAGCGUGUAUUGGGUGGAAACUUUAAGGGUUCAACAUUCAGGCGAACCCAGCUUGGUACCCAUCAUAUCGAACUACCUAAGCGAUUCUGCCCUACAAAAAGACAAAUCGAGCAUGUGGAUGUGCGUGGCUUCAGUUGGUGACCGAGUGUUCGAGAAAUUCCUCGAAGUGAUGAAGAACAAGCCCAAGGACGAGGCCCGCGAGGCAGAUUUGGAACAGCACGCCCAGUUUUUGCUGGUCAACUUCAACCACACGCAUAAGCAGAUCAGGAAGGUUUCCGACAAGUUUUUGGUCAGUUUGGUGGACAGGUUUGGUCAUCUGUUGUGGAGCAAAAGAGUGUUAUGGACGAUGCUUGACAUUCUCCAAGUUCUAUCCCAUUCUCUGGAAAUUGACCCUAACCAAGAGACUCCCACACUGAGGAUUCCCCAAACUCCUUACUCUAUACAACUGAUGGACACACUAGAAGCUAGGGAAUCGAUAGUGAAAGAUUUUGCAACGAAUUCAGAGAGGUUCAUAGCGGAAGCCAUGAUUUGGGCUCCGCAAAGAACCAUAUCUCACAUUCAAGAAUAUAUGACUCAGGUCUCAAGUUCAGGUAUAUGGCGCCAUACCGGCAUUUCCAUGGCACUGGAAUCCAUAUUACAAUACGCCCCUCUAAACAUGUACAGCACCCCACUGAGCACAAGUACCCUGGAAAAAAGGCCGAAGUGUGUCAAAAGUGACUCGAGCAAGAUUAUUUUGACGUCGUCGAAAAGAUCAAAAUAUAUUGGCGAAGUGGUAGGAAUGUUGACGAUAUACGGUGAAAAAAGAAAGGAAGAAUUGGUCAACACAAUUUUACAGAGAGUUUGGGAUGCGUGCAAGCAGCAUUCUGACGCUUUGCACAGCGAUGCGCUGUGGCAGGCGACCGCGCUGCUCAUACAUACUUCGUCGUUUGACAGGAAUCUGUUGCAUUGUAUUGCAGGGUCUCAGGUUGAGUUAUUUAGUGUAGAAGCAAUGAAAACUGCAGUGGAAUGCUGGCAUUGGCUAAUCACGGCCAAACCAGAGCUAGAAAUGAGGUUUCUGCAGGAAAUGGUUGCAGCCUGGAAGUGCACCAUUUACAAGAAACAAGGACUCUUUUCUGUCACACCUCCACAAACCAGUCCGCUAGCAGUCUACGAAGGUUGUCGCCUUGAACCGGACAAUCCUUUUGUCAAACCUCACGUCAUUUGGGUCCAGUUCAUUUGCGAAUUGGUUGAAACCAUUAAGUACAGCAGCUAUGAAAAAGUAGAAAUGAUUGCUAGUCUUAUCCAUCACUCUCUGUCAAUGUCUGUGGGUUCUGAACCAGCCAGUAUGACUAGGCAUAUAUCAGCUGUAGGAGUCCGAUUUAAAUUACUGACUUGCGGAUUAUCCCUGUUACAAGGAGAUAUACUGCCGAAAAGUUUGGCAAAGAACGUUUUAAGAGAAAGAAUUUACUGUUGCUGCCUGGAUUAUUUUUGUAAACCUGUGAAGUGUCCCACCCAGAACCCCAAUGAUUUAAGAGAAGAUAUAACAAACUUGAUUAAAUUCUGGCAAACACUACAUUCGGAUAAGAAGUACUUAAAAACCAGCGAUGUUGGAGAUUUAGGGCCAAGUACCCCAUUAUCUGGUGUCCAAAACAAUGAACUGAUUAAACCCAGCGAUUUUGGGAGGCCUACUUCCGGAUGGAUCAACACAGUACCGCUGUCGACUAGUACCGCGACUUUGAGCAAAAGAUCGGCGAAAUCAACGAGGAAAGCACCCAUGGCUGACAAUUUUGUGAAAUGCUACCUGAAGAAACGGAAUCUAAUUUUGGAACUUCUGGCUGUAGAAAUCGAGUUUUUGAUUGUGUGGCACAACCCUACAUCCAGGUUAGAACUUAUCAUUCCUGGCGAAGAACAGAUCGUUUCUUGGAGAGCGAAAGCCAUCAGCGAUAAACAAUGGAACGAUUUCACUAGAUUAGCCUGGGACAUAUCGCCGGUUUUAGCUAUCUACCUACCGACCAGGUUCAAGAUAAAUGACGCCAUAAUCAGCCAAAUCAAGAACUUGGUUCAAAUGAACCCCAGCAGCGUCACUCACGUACCUGAAGCUUUACAGUAUCUCGCUACCACAGAAGCUAUUUUGGCGGAUAGUCCGAAAUUGGUACACAUGCUGACUUGGUCUAGGAUAUCACCUAUACAGGCUUUGGCGUAUUUUAGCAGACAGUUUCCGUCACAUCCAAUAUCAGCCCAGUAUGCUGUCAAAGUUUUGAGUUCAUAUCAGCCGGAUGCUGUACUGUUUUAUAUUCCACAGCUUGUACAAAGUUUACGUCAUGAUAAGAUGGGUUAUGUAACCGAAUUCAUCAAAUAUAUCGCCAAAAAGUCACAGAUUGUCGCCCAUCAACUCAUUUGGAACAUGAAAACCAACCUGUACAUUGACGAAGACAUGCAGAAAAAAGAUCCUGAUUUAUUCGAAAUAUUGGAUUCUCUAGUGUCUUGUAUCGUCAACGAGUUGUCGGGACCAGCCAAAAUGUUCUACGAGCGAGAAUUCGACUUUUUCGAAAAAAUAACUGCUAUUUCGGGCGAGAUUAGACCCUAUCCGAAAGGUCCGGAACGAAGAAAGGCUUGUUUGGAAGCCCUAAGUAAAAUUAAGGUGCAAUCAGGAUGUUAUCUACCUAGUAAUCCAGAAGCUAUGGUUCUGGAUAUCGACUAUAAGAGCGGCAUUCCCAUGCAAAGCGCAGCCAAGGCUCCAUAUUUGGCGAGAUUUAAAGUUGUGAAAUGUGGCAUCAAUGAGCUGGAAAAUAUCGCCAUGGCCGUGUCAAUUAAUGAGAAACCACCAGAUUUGUCUCUUGGUCCUGAAAUAUGGCAAGCGGCCAUUUUCAAGGUGGGAGACGAUGUCAGACAAGAUAUGCUCGCUCUUCAAGUGAUAGGAAUAUUCAAAAAUGUAUUCCAAACCGUAGGCUUGGAUUUGUACCUGUUCCCAUACAGAGUUGUAGCUACUUCCCCUGGUUGCGGAGUAAUUGAGUGUGUUCCAAACGCCAAAUCCAGAGAUCAGUUGGGUCGUCAAACGGACAUAGGCAUGUAUGAAUACUUCUUGAAGAAAUACGGCGAGGAGUGUACCAAAGAGUUCCAAAACGCCAGAAGAAACUUCAUUAUAUCUAUGGCGGCGUACAGCGUUGUCGGAUUUCUUCUGCAAAUUAAAGACAGGCACAACGGCAACAUCAUGUUGGAUACAGAAGGACACAUUAUUCACAUCGAUUUCGGAUUUAUGUUUGAGUCGUCGCCUGGGGGCAACUUGGGAUUCGAACCUGACAUUAAACUGACGGACGAAAUGGUUAUGAUAAUGGGCGGUAAAAUGGAGGCUGCGCCAUUUAAAUGGUUUUCCGAUUUAUGCGUACAGGCAUAUCUUGCUGUCAGACCAUAUCAAGAAGCUAUCAUAUCGUUGGUGUCUUUGAUGCUAGACACAGGGUUGCCAUGUUUCAGAGGACAAACCAUCAAAUUAUUGAGAGGUCGCUUUAGUCCGGGAGCAAACGACAAAGAAGCGGCAAAUUACAUGCUGCAAAUAAUCCGGAACAGCUUUUUGAACUUCAGAACGCGUACUUACGACAUGAUUCAGUACUACCAGAAUCAAAUUCCCUAUUAAACAUUCCACUUAGCUGAUAGAAAUUAACUGUUAGCCUGAGAACAGGCAACACUGUAUUAUAUUAGAUGCAUUCUAGUCAAUUUUUUAUUAUUUUUUCAAAUUAAUUGUGGGCUUUCUGUUACCUUUGUAUAAAUUAUAAUAUAUUAUAUUAAAUAUGUUAUGUAUAAGACUAAACCAUUAGAAU